CGUUUUCUGCAACCUGCCAUUUGAAAUUUAUGCUUUUACAUGUUUAAUUGAAUAUACAUUUCGUUGCAUUAAUAUUAAACAUUAACAGUAUUCAAUAAAAUUAAAUAUUUAUAAAAAAGAGAGUGUUGAACGCUUCGCAAUGGCAACCGCCGAUAAACAUUUGGAAAGAAUUGCGAAAACUCUUCUAGUUGAAGAGGAGACAAGAAGCUAUUUGGAGAAGGAUUUCGAAAUAAUAAGGGCUUAUGUAAUAGACAUAUUGAAAAAAGAUCCAAUAAUCGGAAAAAUGUUCACAAAUACAAAAUAUUCUGCUUGUAGUUUUAAUUGCUCCGUGUUAUUGGAUCUGUCGCAGUUUAUAACACUUGGUGCAAUUAAAACCAAAUAUCCAUCGUUCAUUCGUUUAAUUCAACGUGGCCGAAAUAGAGUGGAUGGCAUGCAGAAACUGCCAUUCUUUAGUAGUGGUGAUAAUAUUGCUGGCGGUAUUAUAACCAAUAUCGUUAAAGGACUGCUGGAGCAGGGAUUACAUUUUAGUGGUUGUUUUGUGCGUGGUCACAUGGGCGAUAUUUACGAACUGGAUUUGUAUAAUGAAACUAAAAACUUAAAUAAUAACAAUAAUUAUGAUGGUAGGGACGGUGAAUGGCAAAAUAAUUAUAUCAUGCUGAGAGCGAGUAGCGGCGAAAUGACACUGAAUAUACGUUUACGUGUAUUAAUAAAAUUUUGCAGUAACGAUAGUCCCAAUGACUUGUUGCCACAACCGACGCACAAUUUAAAAAUGAUUUGGUUAGCCGCUGCUGAUUGUCGUUAUAUGGAAUACUUUACGUUGUGCGCACCAUUAACUGAACGUGAAUUGGCUGCAUCACCGAACAAUGUGAUUGCAAUGCGACUGUUAUGCUCACUGUUGGCUGCCAAUAAAAUAUAUGCAAUAAGGAAAAAUCACUUGGAAUCGAUUACUUAUGAAUUGAUAUAUGCGCGAGCAGCUAAAGGUGCAAACAAACCCAUGGAGAAUGUACUUGAUAUUAUAAUUGCAUGUUUACGACGCUUAGUAUACUAUUUCGAUCAAAAACGUUUUCCAUACUAUUGGGACACUAAAGAAAAUCUAUUGUCUCUUAUAAGAAAUCAAACACACAUAUUGUAUACACAAACACGUUUGCGGGUACUACUGACAAAUAUGAGCAACAUGCGACGAAAGCACGAAGUUACGUAUGAAGAGGUUGAAUCCUUUUUCGGUGUACACACUAAUGCAGAUGUAUGCAAUGUGGAUGAUUUUGGUGUUUACAGAUAUUUUUCUAAACGUUCGUAAUUGAUUACACGCUACGUUUACAUUACAUGUUAAAAUAUAAAUAGUUAACGUUCGAAUUUUGAUUCAUUUUGAUUUACAGUUUUACGUAAAAAUAUUCAUAAUUUUUCAUUAUUUAUGAAAUUCAUAAAACUCGUAAUUAAAUUAUCAAUUCAUGAAAUAUA